GCGGUAUUUAUAUGAAGAAAUAUCAAAAGCGGUAAAACUAUUGUAUCAUAUUUCUUCAUAUAAAUACCGCUUUUGAUAUAUAACCUAGCUAGUUUAUCCUGAUGAUGACUGAAAUAUAGUCGAAACGUAGAUAAAUAAAAAUGUUAUCGAUUUUUGGAGUUUCACUUGUUUUGUAUUCUAAGAGAAUCUAUACAGUGUUUGCUCUUAAAGUUGGCAUUCCUGUAUAUUUUUUUAUUGAAAAGAAGGCAAUGAAAAUUCGUAGAUUUUUUGACGAGGAAGCAAGAGAUGAACCCAUCGCUGACGCAGAGAAGAAAUUCCGUGUCGAAGUGUUCUUUAAAUUUAUUGACAAGGUCAGGGGCCGCGGAACCGGGGACGCAAAGGGAGUUCAAAGGUCAGACCUUUGUUGCCAAGACAUUCAAUUUUUUGGUACCAAAGGGCAUAUUGAAGAUGACAGCUAUUAAAGUCUGUUGUGCUGCCAGUGAUCUGAUUUCUACUUACAAGCAAGGGUGGGUUGACUACAAAAUGUUUGUAGUUCGCUAUAACUACAGCUACUUCAAAAAUAUGUAGUCAGCUACAACUACUGCUACUCUUGAACAAAGGUAGUUCGCUACUGACUACAGCUACUGCUUAAAAAAUGUAGCGAACUAUUUCGCUAUUUUCGCGCUACGCCAUAUUUUUUAGUUUUACUGUAUUUAGAGCAUCUACUAACCCAGGCUGAAAUGUAACCUAUAACAAAUCGACUUACGAGUAGCAACAGUAAACACAAAGCAACAUUUUUGUAAGCACUACAGUGUUCAGGCGUGCAAAUUGACUAUUGAGUAUUGAUUUUAAGCAAACCAUGUCUCAAUAUCAUGCUAUUCUAUCAAGUUGCUAACAAUUUUGAAAAGUAGCGAAUAGCGAUUCGCUGUUUGAAAAGUAGUCAACUACUUGGCUACUUUUAGGCAAAAUGUAGUUCGCUAUAACUACAGCUACUGUUUUUAAAAAAGUAGUCAAAAACUACUGGCUACUUGAAAAUUGUAGUUCGCUACAGUAGCGAACUACAACUACUUCGCUACUGCCCACCCUUGCUUACAAGUUUGACUUGUGUUCCGAGUUUAAAACCCCAGGUGACUAUGCUAAUGAUUUGAUCACUCAAGAAGUUUUUUCAGAAGGUUGUAUGUGCAUAAGUACUGUGGCAAACAUUUCAUUGUCAAAAACAAUUUCUGCAUAGUGUUAUUUUAUAAUUGUGUUUUUUUUUUGUAUUUUGCUACUGUAUAUAUUUAUAUUUCCAGUUUUAAAUUAAGAAGCCCAGUAAAAUUGGCUUCUAAACGACUAGCAAAAUAUUCGUAUUGUCAGAGCUUCAUGGUAUACUCAGAGGCGUCGUGGGUCCCAUGUUUUAGAGGGGGGGGAGGGGGGCAAGGGCAGCAUUUUUCCGACAAACACAAUUUUUCCGGCAUAAAUAUUCUAUAUUCUAUAAACGUAUACUGGGAAACGUAAACUGAGUCCAAAUUCCAACAUUUCAUUUAUAUAUUUUUUUAUUCAAACAUGUUUCGCAUUGUCAAACAAAAUUUCCAGUUUUCCGACAGGUCUUAACAAACAAUAGGUGGCCAUGGACCCCCCGGCCACGGCGCCACUGGGUAUAUUUCAAAAGAAUCUAGGUCCCCCCCCCCGUCUUGGGGCACCCAAACAAAAACCAAAGUUCGUUAGUUUUGAAAAUAACUGUUCAAUGUACAUUAGUCAUUAUUUUAACACAGCAAACGUAAAACUACUUAAAUUACUGACAUCUAACACUUUAUAAAUGUAAGCUCAAAAAUCUGUAAACCUUAAUUCCUCUUUUUGCUUUAUCAUUAACAACACUUUUGCCAUGAACAUCUCGCUUGAAACGAUCGAAAUAUUGUGCAUGCAAUAAAUCUUGCAUCUGUGUUAAGCUUUGAACCACGAGACCGGUGGCCACGACUAAUUUGCAUGCUGAAUCCCGAGUGCGUAGGUGUUUGCUAUUGUAGGUUUAAUUGCAUAUCAUUUGGCAGCUAAUUCAACUGUAUUUUGCCGUCAAUACAUAACAAUACUCGUGGAAGUCACUUUAUUGUAGUCGUGUUUCAACAAUGUGAUAUUUACCCGUAUUUCAUUGUACUGUUUACAAUGGUCAGAAUUUCGCAGUGAUGAAUUGUGAUUCGAUUUGUUGAGCCUGAGGAUGCAAAAUCACAUAUUCUGCUUAUUAUAGUUGUUGUACUAGCUACAAUUUGUGAAUAAAAAGAUCGUUUAUUACCGUAUUUUUUCACACGGAUUUGUAAAUGAUCUAAAUGGAAAUUGCGAGUGGAUUUUUUGUACUGACAUUUAUUAAAUCUAAUCAGGAACAGUUGCGAGUCUCUCUGUAACUCAGUUGGUUAGAGCGCUGCAUCAGAAUCACAGGGCCGCAGGUUCAAUUCCAAAUCAAGCCUGCAUGGGGAGCUGAGGACUAAGUACGGUAGAACUUAAUUAAGGCGCUGUUACACUAAGCAACUUGUCUCGGAACUUGUCUCGCAAUGUUGAGAAAAACGAUUUCAGGAUUGCAUUGCAAGGGAUGUUACACCAAGCAAUAUAUUCCAUGCAACUUUCAAUGAUCAUCAUUAAAAAUAGUAUAAAAAUCGCGAGUGCAAACGUUUGCCGCCAUAUUGUCAGUCAAAAGACAAUACGAAGCCAUUCAGUGUAUAAACAUUGCAAACUACUGUAGUUGCAAGUGGGAUGCUACACUGUGCAUGCUUUAAAAAUGCUUGCAGCGUUGCCGCAAUCGUUGCAAAAAGUAGAACCUGAUUUUACUUCGUGCAACGGUUGUUGCAACAAAAAUAUCGCGAGACUUGUUGAUUGCGAGGCAUGAUCAUCUUGCAAUUUCGCGUGCAACUUGUGCCGCAACAAAAUUGCGAGACAUAGUUGGCUUUGCGAUCUGAGAUUACGAUCUCACUGGCUAAGGCUAAAUCGAAAAACUAACAGUAACAUUUACUACUUUUUACCGGUUCUAGCUUUUAUUUCAUUUUGUUUUGUCUUUUCAGAGAAGAACGAAAAUCCUUUUGGACCAACCAUCAAAACAAAGUUAGAAGAUCGAGAGGUGGUCAAAGGCGAGGAGUUUGUUGUUUUGCGUUGCGGAGCUGUUGGUUUGUAAGUUAGCUAAAUGUGAAAUUAACAAGUACAGGACACUAACUUAUUUAUACCGUACUGCCAGAAAAGCUCUAUUAGUUAUAAACUGUUCUUCCCAGUGGUCCAGUAAAGGUUGUAAUUAGGAAUAAACUAAUCUGUGAGACUGUAGCUCCAACAGUUCUAAAUUGUACUCCCAGUCCCUGGAGGUCCAGUAAGGAUUAUGUCUCAUUGAUCCAGUGUUACUACAGGAGGAAUCCUAAAUUAAACUAACUAUAUUUAUACAGGAUAGCUCUAUCAGUUCUAAACUAUUCUUCCUAGAGGUCCAGUAAGAAUCAUCCCUUACUGAUCCAGUGUUACUACAGGAGGAAACCUAAACUAAACUAACUUUAUUUAUGCUGGAUAGCACUUCCAAAUUGUUCUCCCUAGAGGUCCAGUAAGGAUCAUGUCUUAUUGAUUCAGUAUUACUACUUCAAACAUGAAGUAAACUACAGUAACUUUAAUUAUUUAUACUGGAAAACUCUAGUUUAAUUUAUUUCACACUAGUUGACAUAUACAUUACAUUUAUCAGUUCUAAAUUGUUGUAAUAUAAAAUAAUUGGCAACCUAAACUAAACUAACUUUAUUUAUACUGGAUAGCUCUAUCAGUUCCAAACUGUUCUCCCUAGAGGUCCAGUAAGGAUCAUCUCGUGUUGAUCCAAUGUUACUACAGGGGGCAGCCGGAGUACCAGAAGAAAUUCUGCAAGGUUUGCUGAAGUCAAACUGGAAGCACUCUUCCCACAAACGAUCGAGGCGCAAGUUUAAUCAGAGGACUGCAUAGUAUAUUGCAAAAAUCACAGACUCGUGCACUGAUUAUAUUAAUUCUAUCCCCUUUCAGGCCAACACCAGCUUAUUCGUGGACAUUCAAAGGCUUGAACGGCGUAGAGACUCCAAUCACAAGCGGCGAAAAUGGAUACGAGCUUCAAGACUAUAAUCACUUGCUGAUGAUAACAACAGUUGAGCCAAAACACGAUGGCUGGUACAAAUGCAGAGUCAGCAGUAAUUACAGUGGCCAAGCACAUGUCGACGAGAAAACAGCCCGACUUUUCGUCAAAGGUUUGCAAAAUUUUUUGUAGUCUAGCUAACUAAAAUUUCUCAAAACCGUUUAAAAUUUAAACCUGGUGCAGCCAUUCAGUAUAAAAAAUGUUACUUUAGUUUAGCGUUCCUUCUGUGGUAACACUGGGCCAAUAAGAGAUGAUCCUUAUCGGGCCUCUACGGAGAACAGUUUGGAUUUGAUAGAGCAGUAGUGACACUGGAUAAAUAAGAGAUGAUCCUUACUGGACCUAUAGGAAAAACAGUUUAGAACUAAUAAAACUAUCCAGUAUAAAUAAAUUUAGUUUAGUUUAGCUUUCUUCUUGUAGAAACACUGGAUAAAUAAGAGAUUAUCCUUACAGGACCUCUAGGGAGAACAGUUUAGAACUAAUAGAGCUAUCCAGUAUAAAUAAAGUUAGUUUAGUAAAUUUAGAAUUCUUCCUGUAGUAACCCUGCAUGGAUCAAUAAGAGAUGAUCCUUACUGGGCCUCUAGGAAGAACAGAUAUAUUAGAACUGAUAGAGCUACCCAGUCAACUCAAGUUAAUUUACAGUAGUUUGAGUUUCCUCUUGCAGAGGCUAACACUGGAUCAAUAAGAGAUAAAGCUUACUGGACCUCUGUGAAGAACAGUUUAGCACUGAUGAAACUAUCCAGUAUAACAAUAUAUAAAAUUAGUGUAGUUUAGAUUUCCUCCUGUAGCAACACUGAUUCAAUAAGACGUCAUCUUUACUGGGUGUCGGUCUGUUCCGAAAUCAAAGUUAGUUUUCGUGAAAGAGGGAAGGCUUAAACUAAACUAAAUAUAACCACAAUCUCACUAACACUCAUUCCCAGGCAAACCCAAAUGGGCUUAUGGUGGCCAGCUAUCCGAUGCAACGGCUCAGGAGGGCGUCAGAUUCCUCUGGUUGUGCCAUGCGUACGGAAAUCCUGAUCCGACAUAUACAUGGAUUAAGAACGGAGAGAAACUACCUAAAUCGUGAGUGUUACUUUAGAUUUAUAUUUUAGAUACUAUUAAAAAUACGAGCAUUAAAAACAGAGUGCUUUAUCAGAUAUAACACACGAGGUGAAAGCUGGGUGUCUUCUAAACGCGUAGAAGUCUUACAUCUUGUAGCAAGUCUGCCAACAAGCCGUCAACAGGUUGUGUUCGCACUGCUUGUCCCAAGUUGUCAACAAGUUUGAAACAAGCUUGUUGAUAUUAUCAGACUUGUAGCCAGGUUGAUCCAAUAGCUCGUUUGAUCAUACAGUCAUGAUAUAACAAUAUUGUUACAACCUUGUUUUGUCAACCUUGUAACCCUUAUUUAUAACCUUCUUGUUAUAUCACGAUUGUAUCAGACUUGUUAAAACAACCUUGUAGCAAGUCUGAUAAUGCUAUCAAGUUUGUUACAAGUUGUUAACAGCUUGUUCCAAAGUUGUUGAUAUUAUCAGACUUGUUGCAAAGUUGUUCCAACAAAUCCGAUACAGUCAUGGUAUAACAAUAUUGUUACAACCUUGUCUCGUCAACCUUGUAACAUUCUUGUUAUAUCAUGAUUGUAUUCGGCUUGUUAAAACAACAUGGUAACAAGCGCAAUAAUGCGAUUAAAGCUUGUUACAAGUUGUUAUCAGCCUGUAAAAAGCUUGUUGAUAUUAUCAGACUUGUUACAAGGUUGUUCCAACAAGUCCGAGUUUUUGGAAAGUUAUAUAAUUUAUAUAAUUUGUAAUUUAGUGAUAAAUAUGAGAUAAAUGGUGGCGUAAUUACAUUCAAGUCAGUAUCAAUGGAUGAUGAAGGUCUCUAUCAGUGUGUGGCCGAAAAUGAAUUUGGUGGCAUAUCUUCACCAGCAGUAUUAACUGUUGUGACAGGUAUACUUUGUGUAAUGCUUUUAAACAUCACGCUGAAUUAGCGCUUCUCGCAUAGUUAGUUUUGUUUUGGUUUCCUCCUGUAACACUGGAUCAAUAAGAGAUGCUCCGUACUCGACCUCUGGGAAGAACAGUUUACAACUGAUAGAGUUAUCAAGUAUAAAUAAAUUUAUUUUAGUUUGGGUUUCCUCAGGGGCGCCGGAGCCACGGGGGCAGCUGCCCCCGUUGCCUAAACAGUGCGGGGGUAGCACGGGGGCAGCAGGUUGCCUUUUUUACCAGAACUGCACUUCGAACGUCGUGCGUUUUUCACAUGAAUUGAAAUUGAAAACUGUUUUUAAACAAUUUAGCUCAUAUUUGAAUCUGAAUUCCUCUCAGAAACGUUACCAAUCAGCUUCCACCCAUGAAAAAAAGGGAAAAAGAGAGCCUUCCUAAAUAACUGAUAACUGUCAUGUUGCUUUACAAUACAUUUUAGUCUUUAGUGUCGUGCAACGAAUAAAAAUGUUCCAAUCCAUGCCGAAAGUUGUCUAACUGUAUUAGCUACAAGUAAUGAAGUAUCCGUUAUACAGCAAAAUGUUAACGAACAUUGCCCCCCCCCCAAAAAAAAAAAUAAGGCUCGAUAGUAAGUGCCCUUUUUAAAUGGCUGCCCCCGCCGCUUCAUGUUGCUUACGGCGCCCCUGGGUUUCCUCCUGUUGUGACUCUGAAUCAAUAAAAGAUGACUAUUACUGGACCUCUGGGAAGAAAAGUUUACAACUGGUAGAGUUAUCCAGUAUAAAUAAAGUUAGUUUAGUUUAGCUUUCCUUCUAUAGUAACACUGGAUUAAUCAGAGAUGACUCUUACUGGACCUCUGGGAAGAACAGUUUACAACUGAUAGAGUUAUUCAGUAUAAAUAAAGUUUGAAUUUGAAUUUAUUAAUUUGCCACAAUUGGUUGAUACAACAAUUUACAAAAGUAAUAAGACAGAAGAGACAAGAAAUGAAAACAUUUGUGACGAAGUAGUCCAACUAGGAGCCAAGGCUUAUUAAUUGCUAGACUACCUCAUGUGAAAUAUUAAAGAAUAAGUUAUCUAAAUAUAUAUGAGGUAGAAUAGUGAGCAGACGGGGAAAUAAGGAAACUAAUAUAAUACAAGGACACAUGCACACAUAAUAUCAAAACGAAGAUACUUAGAUCCACACACCUAGAUGUAAAUUAGAUACUAUUUAGUUACAAUCAUCGGACAAAUUAUCGAAAAUUAAAUGCUUUUUAAGAUUCGAUUGGAAAGAAUAGACAGACAUGGCGUUCCGUUGGUUUAUAAUAGUUUUGUUUGUGGAAACACGACGUAAAUUUAUUACUGCAAAGCUUUCGAUCCGUAAGCCCGGAUCUUCAUCAGUGCUAAUAGUGCUUCAUAGUGCUUAGCACUGAUGAAGAUCCGGGCUUACGGAUCGAAAGCUUUGCAGUAAUAAAUUUACGUCGUGUUUCCACAAACAAAACUAUUAUGUGUUUUAUCGCCAUGCAAACAUACAAAAAGUUACUUUAGUUUAGGUUUCCUACCGCGGUAUAAACUCUGAAUCAAUAAUUAAGAGAUGUCCCUCACAGGACCUCGAUCUAGGAAGAACAGCUUAGAACUGAUAGAGCUAUCAAUUAUAAAUAAAGUUAGUUUAGUUUAGGUUUCCUCCUGUAGUAACACUGGAUCAAUAAGAGAUAAUCCUUACUGGACCUCGAUCUAGGAAGAACAGCUUAGAACUGAUAGAGCUAUCAAGUGUACAUAAAGUUAGUUUAGUUUAGGUUUCCUCCUGUAGUAACACUGGAUCAAUAAGAGAUGAUCCUUGCUGGACCUCUAGGAAGAACAAUUUAGAACUGAUAGAGCUAUCCAGCGUAAAUAAAGUUAGUUUAGUUUAGGUUUCCUCCUGUAGUAACACUGAAUCAAUAAGAGAUGAUCCUUACUGGACCUCCAUAGGAAGAACAGUUUAGAACUGAUAUAGCUAUCCAGUAUAAAUAAAGUUAGUUUAGUUUAGGUUUCCUCCUGUAGUAACACUGGAUCAAUAAGAGAUGAUCCUUACUGGACCUCCAUAGGAAGAACAGUUUGGAACUGAUAGAGCUAUCCAGCGUAAAUAAAGUUAGUUUAGUUUAGGUUUCCUCCUGUAGUAACACUGGAUCAAUAAGAGAUGAUCCUUACUGGACCUCCAUAGGAAGAACAGUUUAGAACUGAUAGAGCUAUCAAGUAUAAAUAAAGUUAGUUUAGGUUUCCUCCUGUAGUAACACUGGAUCAAUAAGAGAUGAUCUUACUGGACCUCCAUAGGAAGAACAGUUUAGAACUGAUAGAGCUAUCCAGCGUAAAUAAAGUUAGUUCGGUUUAUUUUAAUUGCUUUUCGUUAUUUAGCUCCGACAACUCCGCCUCCCGACCCAUGCAUGGUAGCGAAAAGGAACAUAAUGUUCCUAGUUGACGGUUCUGGCAGCGUUCCUGUGGCCACUUUCGGAGAAUUCAAGAAAUUCAUGUCACUUUUGGUGGAAAAAUUUGAUAUUGGCCAGAACACCACACAUGUCGGCGUCCUGCAGUACUCGACCAAGCCAAGAACUGGCCUCGAAUUCUAUUUCACAGAGCAUCAGACAUUAGCAGCCGUACAAAAUGCGAUUUCGAAAGUUAGAUACCAUUAUGGAGCUUAUACAUUCGGCGGAUAUGCUAUGAAUCUGGCUCAACAGGUAAGGUGUAAAAUUUUCAGGAACAUUUUAUUGGUCAACUUGCCACAGAAUCUUGUAAAUACUGUAUUAUAGUGACAGACAGUAUGAUUUUAGAGAUCUAGUUUUUUUAACAUAUUUAUAGCUGUAGAAAUUACAAAUAAUGAAUGUUUAUGAGUGUAAUGGCAAAAAUAUUUUCAUUGGUAAAAGAUUGAAUUUUCCAAUCCACGGGGCGACAGCCGAGCGGAAUGGAAAAUUCUACCUUCCACCGAACAAAACAUUUUUCCUAUUGUACGAAUGAAAACAUUCAUUAUUUGUGUUAUAUGACACCACAAUACUGCAAAUGACUACAUUAAUUUUAACGAAUUUUUAAGUCAAUCACUGAAAUACAAAUUUAAAGAUAAAAAGCAGAGCCCCAGCAGAUAACUACUGUAUAAAACCAAACAUAAUAAAAGUAAAAAUUUAAUAGCUACCGUUUCGUUGUUUACAAUAGAACAUCUUCAGCGCAAUCUAAAUGAAUUUACAGGGUAUGGUAUAUCAUAAUUUACCCUGUAAGUUCAUUUGGAUUGCUCUGAAGAUCUUGUAUUGUAAACAACGAAACGUUAGGCACCACUGGAAUUAAUACUAUAAUGGCGGUCACUUAACUAAAUAUUAUCGUAAGAAAUUAUAUUUCUACACCCGGCACGAACAUUAUUUUCUCACUUUGAUAACAACUGGAUGCUCCCCACCCUUUAAAACGCACGUCAUCUACGUAUACUCACCUUGUUUAGAUAAUGAACCACUACGAUCGCUCGGACGCGAAGAAUGUGUGGGUUCUACUCAUGGACAACGGACUGUGGGACAAGACGAUGGCACGAAAGAUUUCACGAGCAAUCCGCCAGGCGGGGACCAAAGUCAUUGUUUUGGACACGGAGAAUAUUAUGCACGACAUUGCUGAUAAAGGACUGGAUUUCUCGUCUGAAAAUCUGGAAGAAAACGUUGAAGUAGUUAGGAAAGAAAUUUGUAAAUAACUAAACCCCUUUCCUCCUAAAGGCAUCUAAAUACCGGCGAUGAUUUGUAAAUGAAUUUCUUCCUAGUAAAAGCAUUUAUAUAACCC